UUGCAAAUCAAAAUUGAAACAGCGGGAAAUAACGGUUGAGAGCGGAUCGCAAAGCGUGCCACACACAAAACGUGAAAAGAAUUUCAUAAUCAAAAGUUAAUCCAAACGCUACAACAAGCAACAACAAAAACCCACAACAACAAUCAGUGCCAGCCAGUGACAAGCAAAAAAGUCAAAAAGAGACUAGCCAAAACCACACAGUGCUAAAAGAGCCUACAAAAAUUGAUCAAGUGCCGCCAAGCCGCAAUAUAAUUUCGCCAGAGCAAGAACUGCAGCAGCCACUGGAAUACCUAAGCAACAUGGUCGUCGAUCAGAACUGCACAAUGCACCACCUGGACAUGGAGCUGGACAUGGAAUUGCCCAUGGAGUGUGCCCCCAUUGGGCGCACCGUCAAAUCGGCCCUUCUCAGGGCCCAGGACGAGUCGCGUGUGAUCGUGGGCCUGUCCGCCGCCAUCAACGUGCUGUCCAAGUCACCGGAUGGCUCCCUCUUUUGCCUGAUGGCCGUGCCCAAGGACGGAGACUCUGCCACCCACAUGCACGAGGUGCUGCUGGAGGCCUUCUGCUACGAGAACGACAUCUACGUGAUCAAAGUGGACGAUGCCACCAAGCUGAGCCGCAUUUUGGGCCAGGAGACGGUCGAGUCGUGCUGCCUGAUACAGAAGACCUGGACAGCCGACCAGGAUGAGGAGCGCCUGAGCAAAGCCGAGAAUCAAUUGGUUGACUACUGCGAGGCACACUGGGAUGCACCCAAGCAGCCCACUGUGCAGCUGCCGGCCGUGUAGGCUGUGUGAGCGGGACAGCCACAUCAUUGAACACUAAAAACCCCCGAGGACAGUGGGGCAAACAUGGUUUAAAUUGAGAGAAACUUUGCAAUGAGCGAAAACCAAUAACCAGUUAGAGGUUGAUGUACUCCAACGUCUUGGAGAGUUCCCCGAGGGAAACCGACGUUUGGGCUGCCACAGCCACAUAACUUGUACAUACAUAUGUAUAUAAAUAUCAGUCAUAUACAUAGGAUGUACAUACCUAUAUAUGUAAAAUCUUAUAUAACUGUACACGAGAGGAGGAGUCAGAUAAUUGGAACUGAAAGGCGACCUUCGUUGGGGCGGGUAGAACCUGCCUCUGAACACCCGCGGAAGUCGCUCUCACAGUCCCUCUUCCCCUUUGGCAACAGCAGCAGAAGCAGCAGCGGCAGCAGCAGAGACGCAGCAGCAGCAGCAGUAAUUUUGCGACACACUCAUACACUUACACACAAAAGCGCGUGACCAGCUGCCGCUUCACACACACACAACUUUUACUUGCUCAAAAUUUAUUGAUAAUGGCAAUUAUUCUGUUCACACUGAUCGGAUGCAUGCCGUAAAUUGUACAGUAAAAAUUAAAGCACAUCCGAAAUAAUGU